CGUCUUCCUUUUUACUACUAGUAUUCAUCAAUACCGAAUGUCUCACAUCGAGUGUCGUACUGCGCUGCCACGCAAUGCCUUUGAUUACAGUCAUUCCUUUGUUUACUCCCAAUUGCUUUUGCGAAGUCUAGACACAGAAUACGCUUCAUACGACGCCUCGAAAACUUUCACGCGGGGUUGCACGGUUCAUCUUCUGUCAAAGGCCACGUCCCGUUGCCGCUGCAGAACCCGCAUUCGGUCCCCGGGAAAUGAUGCAAAGCUAAUCUCGUUGCAGCAUUGAUCAUAUUGAGAUGUCGUGCACAGCGACACAAGCUAAAUCUGCUUCACGAGGUGUUCCGGUAGGUCCUCGUAUGAUGAAUCGUAUCGUCACCGUGGCAGGUCUCAGCAACGCCACGCAACGCCCAAUUUCAAAUGAAGAAUAUAAGUUCAGCUGUUCUACAACUGUUUGUCGCUUGUCCCUCGCUCUUCAUCACGCUCACUCUUCAGACAAGAAAUCACACUCAUUUCAAAAACUCACAAUGCUCAAGAAGGCUUCCGUUCUUACCUUGGCCGGCGCAAGUGCCGCGCUCGCUACCGCAACCUCUUCGGCCGCCGGUGCCAGCGUCACCAUCGUCGGAGGCACAUACAGCGGCCAAGCCAUUACCGGAUACCAUGUCGGUGCAGCCCAGUCCUACCAAGUGGCACUUGCCGCAGGCGGAUCCGGAGCGAGCGCCAGCGAAAUCUAUUUCAACGAUACCAGCAACAUCUAUAUGGACAAUUCCAUCUACUCGGGCCAAGCCUUGCCAUGCUACGUCAUCGAAGAAAGCAGCAUCGCCGGCGGCACCGGUGGUCCACUGGAAUGCGGCGCCAACUCGGAUAGCAGCUACCCUACGACCGGAGCUAUCCAGGACGACGGCACCCUGAUCAUCACCGGCGUGCAGAGCUGGUGGGUGUGCGACGUCAAUGCUACGCAGCCAUAUGGAGUCAUCAACGGCACCGUUGUCGGUGGUUUCAGCACCAGUGAGCCUUCAGGAAGCGGGAUUGCGAACUGUGAAACUAUCACGGGUUUGAAGUUGGCUGGGUACACUAGCAGUACCAGCUCUGCCAGUAGCUCUACUUCCACGGCCAGCUCUGCAUCGAGCUCGGCAAGCUCAGCAAGUGCUACCAGCACUGCUUCGGUCAGCUCGGUCUCAUCAGCAACGGCCUCGACCUCAGUGGGAAGCUGGAACGACUGGGGAUCUAGCUCCAGCUCGGCCAGCAGUGUCAGCACCACCAGCAGCGCUAGCAGUGUCUCAUCGGUAACAAGCACCGCGACUGGCUGGGGCUCGACCUCUACCUCGAUGAGCGCCACCAGCUCAAAGACAUCUACGACAUCUGCCUGGGUGGCUUCAUACACUGGUGGUGCCGUCGCAAAUGGCGUCUCUGGCCUCGGAUUGAUGAUCGCUGCGGGCGGUGUUGCGUUGAUGAUCUAAGAAUCGCGGCAACGGCCAAGGGUGGAUUUCUGGUGCAUCAUUAUACUUCAUAUUCUAAUGUAAUCGGGAAGUUUCUCAAUCUAAUUUAACAUCACGUUAUACUCUUUGAGCAC